AUGAAGGCAGGAGGCUCCAAAGCUUCCUUGAAAACGACAGGGGUGGGGAAGAAGAACCUGACCCCUAUACCUGAAGCGAGUGGCUCACUGCAGAGGCAGACACCCACGAUCUCAGAUGCAGAGACGACUUUGAACAGGAUGAUGGAGAGCUCGGCCUUGGGGCCUCCGCCACAACUACCGCCAACGCAGCUGGAACAGACCCCUCUGGAUCGAGAGUGGCUGCAACUAGUUGGCCAAUGGACCAAGGAAUUCCAAUCGCCUGGUAUCCAGCCACCAGCUGGGUCUUCGCCAGGGAAGAAACUCCUGUGGCCCGAGUACCAACCAUGGGGCCCACAUCAGAGUCCACCCAAGUGA